AUGGAGAACAAGGAACUUGGUGUGAAGUCAUUCAAUGUUGUAAACAUGAUGGAUGGGGCGGUUUUAUGGAAUCCUUUUCAGGUUCAGAUGAAAUGUUUAAUGAAUGAAAUCCGUAUGAUCAAUUACGAAACCAAUCCUGCGUCCAGGAUUGUGCCGAUAGAACAACGCGUUGCAGAUAGUAGAAUGUCUGAUGAGUCUGAAGAGUCUUCUACUGGUCACGCCGAAUACUCGUGGAAACAAGUCGUCAACUUUCUGGACGCCGUGUUGUUUGACGGAGACAAGAGAUCUUAUAGAAAUGGCGGUCAUAACAGUGACACCGGCGGCUCCAUGGACUCCAAGGGAAAAAAGAAGAGCUUUCGGCGCCUCCUGAGUCGCUUCGCCGAGAAGACGUCCAUGGUGGGAGUCCCCUACAUCAACAACGCCAAGCUCUGGUGGGCGAAGCUCAUCUGGUGUUUCCUACUUCUGUGUGCCUUGGGGGCGAUGAGCCUGCACCUGUGGUAUCUCAUAGACCAGUUCUUCUCUUGGCCUACUGUUACCAAGGUGGAACUCGGAUUCUCGGAUCUUCGCUUUCCGCGGAUAACUGUUUGUAACGUGAAUGUGUUACAUAAAGGGAGACUGAACCAUUAUACUGGUGCAGAUAAACUGAAAGAAUUAGUUGAAAAGUUAAAACCUGAAAAUGUUGCACCGAAUCAAUAUAUCCCGGAUUGGGACCCCUAUGGAAAUACCGGAACAACGCCUGGCAACAAAGACCCAACGCAAGGCACUUCGAAUGGUAACCAAAGUCCAACGCAAAGCGCUCCAACUGUUCACCAAGGCCGAACACAAAGCACACACACUGUUAACCAAGGCUCAGCGCAAAGAUCUCCAUCUGGUUACCAAGGGUCAACGCAAAGUGCUCCAAAUGGUAACCAAGGCCACACGCAAAGACAAGGGACGCAUACAGACGUAACUGAAACGUCGCAAAACGAAGCUGUUCCAAACCAGCGUCGUAAGCGGCUUGUGGACACGUACGGGGAUAUUGAUCCAAGCAAGUACAAUCCGAACAAGCCGCCAUCACCGCCACCGCUGCACAACGAGUACGACGGCGAGAAGGACUCACAGGAAGAGAUCGAACUCGCCUUUAGAACACUGUACAUGAACAUCCGCAGAAAUGAACGGGUUCGACUCGGACACAACAUCACCGACAUGUUGCUAAGCUGUACAUUUAACGGCAGGGUCUGUGGUGCUGGGAUGUUCAGACUCCACGGCACUCCCGAGUACGGUAACUGCUGGACAUUGGACAAUGACAAGUUCACCGUUAUGACACCUGGACCGGAAGGAGGUCUGAAACUCGUGUUGUACAUGGAGUCCAUGGAGUACCUACAGGGGAUCACGACCGGUUAUGGAGCCCGCAUACAGGUCCACGAGCCGGGAACCUACCCGUACCCCGUGCACGAGGGAAUGCACGUGCCCGCAUCCAUGGAAACAUCCAUAGGGCUCAAACUGGUCACGGUUGAACGCCUGAACGGUACGUACGGGGACUGCGAGUGGGGCGCGGACUUCGAGGCCAGGUACGGGGUUAGAUACACGAGGCGCUCCUGCUACUCCGCGUGCGUGCUCGAGGAUAUCGUAAGCACGUGUGGUUGCCAUAGCGACGAUGCGGAGUACCUUGCACAGCGCCUCAACGACUCGCUUGAAAGAUGUACAUCCAAAAACGAGACGGCGUGUCAGGCCGCGGUAGAACGUCGCUAUGAGACGAUGGUGUCAGUAUGCGCAUGCCUGAACCCUUGCAACGAGACAGUAUACGUGAAGAGUGUGAGUCAAAGACAGUGGCCCACGGAUGACUACGCAAGAGUACUGCUGCAAGGGGUGUGUGAGAUGGAUUUGACGAAAUGCAAGAACCUGCGGAUGUUGAUAGACGAUAAACGGACUUUAUGUAACAGUUUUCUGAGACUGAACAUCUACUAUGAAGAUUUGAACUACGAGAUGAUAAAGGAGUACCCUGAAAUUGAGUGGCAACAGUUCCUGUCGGACGUUGGUGGCGCCAUUGGUCUGUGGAUCGGCCUUUCCAUUCUAAGUCUCUGCGAGGUCGCACAGCUCCUUGUCGAACUCUGCAACUUUGUCGCCAGCAAGGCCGCCGGGGAGCACCGCCGAUCCCGGAAGCACCGCCGGAAACAGGACCACUCGACAAGCUCUGCUAAUGAUCAACGUAAUAACAGCAACCUUUAUCGGCGUUGAACAGCAUUACAGGUUACACAUGCGCAAAUCGUAUCCUUCUCUGUUCUAAAUGAAGAUUGCAGUGUUUGAUGUCAAUUUUAACCAGAAUCAAGCUACUUUUCAACAUAUCACCAUUCAUGGCUGGAAAGAUAAGGCCAUAACCUUUUGAAAAAUACUAUACAAAUUUCAAUGCAUUGUAACUUUAUAUAUUUAAAUUAGAAAUUACACAUCGGCAUUCAGUGGCACGGAGGCCUCCAGUUUUAGCAGAACCAUGUUCGUUUUGAAGGAACUUCCAUUAAACAAAAAAUCCAUAAAUGCGGAAAGUAUCGUCCCUGAUUAGCCUGUGCAAUCCACGCAGGCUAAUCAAUGAUGAAACUUCACUCACAAACUGUUAGCCCCGUUUUCCCAGAACGAGGCUCAAAUAUAGCUUCAAAUUGAUACCACAACGCCUCAUUUUACCCUAGUUUUUAAAUUCUAUGCAUCAUGCACUCAACCUGGUGCUUAUUAUCAAACUGAUACCAUGUACAAUUUGUGUUCAGGCUGCGCAUUUGUAACCAUAAUCAA